UAAUUUAACAAUAGGGGUUAUCAUUAUUGAAAUUUCUGCUUCUCCCAACUAUAGCUAUGGUUAUAGUACGGUUAUAGCAAUUGUCCAAAACUAACUGAUAGACUUCAAUGAAAUCUUUCCCUUGACAGGUGUCAGCCUUGGAGAGCCAAAAUGCGCCUCUUGUGGGUGAUCCCUCUGUUAGUAGAGGCCCACAACAAAUCCUUCCUGCACCACUGCGCCACAGACUGCAACUGUCAGGAAGAGCUCAGGACCGCCAACUGUUCCCAAGCCUUCCUCCGCCUCCUGCCCAGUCAGCUACCCCCCUACACCGAGCACCUGGACCUCUCUCAGAACCAGCUGACCCACAUCCCUAGAAGAGCCUUCCAGACCACGCGGCGCCUCAAGACUCUGUUCCUGAACGACAACAACAUCAGCAGCGUCGCCGACGGAGCCUUCUCGCCUCUCGAGGGCCUGCUGAAGCUGGACCUGAGCCGCAACCGCAUCGCCGCCCUGGGCGAGGGCUUCACGCUGGGCAUGGGCUGCCUGAAGGAGCUGCUGCUGUCGGAGAACAGGCUGGUCUCGCUGGACACCCACAGCUUCCAGCACCUGGACGGCCUGCUGCGGCUCAACCUCAGCCACAACGCCAUCCACCUGGUGCAGGUGAGAGCGUUCGGCUGCAUGGGCACGCUGAGGCGGCUCUACCUGGACAGCAACCGCAUCUGGUCGCUCGACAACGGCGUCUUCACCACGCUCAAGUCCCUGGAGGUGCUGCACCUGCAGCGCAAUAACAUCAGCCUCAUAGAGAUCGGCGCGCUCACGCCUCUGACCAGCCUGGCGCUGCUCAACCUGGCCUGCAAUCAGCUGACCAGCAUCCACUUCAAGACCUUCCUGAGUCUGCACACCUACAGCACGCACAUCCUCUUAGAGAACAACCCCUGGCACUGCGACUGCGACCUACAGAGAGUGUUUCGGAAGCUGCACAGCAUCCGACGCCUCUUCCUGGACGACUACCACAACCUGAGGUGCACAGAGCCUCCUGAGCUGCAGGGCUACGGGCUGACGGAGGUCGACGCCGAGCUCUGCAUCGCCGAGAUGGUCACGGUCCUCAUCAUCACGGUCGCCGUGGUGAUCACCGUGGUGGCGGCUCUCGUCAUGGCACAGAGGAGGAGACGGAAAAAGGAGAAGCACUGGACGGAUGGGGCUAGUGAGCUGUCCUAUGACUAGUCCUACUAUGUGACCUUUGAACCACAGCUUUGAACUCUCACCUACCCAGCGACCCCAAGAGCUAACAUGAACACUGCCAUGGCCUUUCGUCAGUACAAAGGUUAAAGUACACGUUAAAAGUUAAAGGUUAGAGUACACGUUAAGAGACUCUCUGGCGAACAGUCACUUCUGAACUACGGUGACUAGUCUUAGCAGAGUGUCUUCAGUGUACCUGUUCCCCCUAUAGGCUUUUUGAACUAUGUGCAUUAGGGGUCGAAACUUAAACUUUGAUCAGACAUUUUAGAUCACAUAAUACAAGGCCAUUAGAAGCCCUUGAUGAUAAAAUGCAAUCAUUUAUUUAGAUAAUUUAAUUUAGAAUGUAAUUUCUUUUCCACCCACUGUAGAAAGUGAAGCCUAGUGACUGAUGUUGAAGAUUGAUGAAAAGUUAUGACACACUGUUAUGAGAAUAGUUAAUAAACUGAAACUACGCAUCAUUCAGUUCCACAGGAUGAACCGCCAAAAGAUUGAAGCCUGCAUAUUGCUGCAAUCUGUUAAUACUUCAGCACUUAAGGAUCAUGUGCAAUUCUGGAAAUGGAACCGUUGGAGCAUUAAUGACUUCACAAAUUAUCAUAAUUAUCCAUGGC